GUAAAAACACACAUUAAAUAUCUUUCUUUCUUCUCCUACUUACAAAUACGAGAAAGAACAAAGGAAACACACAAACGCAAAACACUUAACUUGUUUUUUUACUAAUUAAUUAGUUUUUUUCUCCUCUUUCCAAAAAAUAUGGAGAAUUACGUCAACGAGAGUGGCUUUGCUCCUCUAAACCAAACCAUCUUCAUACGUGAUCAAGACCAUAUGAAAGAAGAAGAUUUUCCAUUCGAAGUUGUUGAUCAAUCAAAGCCCACAAGCUUUCUUCAAGACUUCCACCAUCUUGAUCAUGAUAACCAGUUUGAUCAUCAUCAUCAAUACCACGGCUCUACAUCUUCAAAUCCUUUGUUCGGUAUCCAAAUGACGUCGUCAUGUGCCAAUAAUGCUCCUUACCAGCAUUGUUCUUACCAAGAAAACAUGGUCGAUUUUUAUGAAACUAAGCCACAAUUGAUGAAUCAUCAUUUCCAAGCUGCAGAGAAUUCUUACUUCACUCGUAAUCAUCAUCAAGAGAUCAAUUUGGUCGAUGAUAAUGAUCCUAUGAACUUGGAACAGAACAACAUGAUGAUGAUGAGGAUGAUCCCUUUUGAUUACCCUCCUAUAGAGACCAUCAACAAGCCUAUGAACUUCGUGAUGCCAGAUGAAGUUUCAUGUGUUUCUGCAGAUAAUAAUUCUUAUAGAGCGAUGAGCUUCAACAAGACCAAACCUUUGCUGACAAGAAAGUUGUCUUCAUCCUCGUCGUCCUCAUCAUGGAAAGGAAAAAAGAAAACAACAUUAGUCAAAGGACAAUGGACUGCUGAAGAAGACAGGAUAUUGAUUCAACUUGUGGAGAAAUACGGACUUCGAAAAUGGUCCCAUAUUGCGCAAGUGUUACCAGGAAGGAUCGGGAAGCAAUGUAGAGAGAGAUGGCAUAACCAUUUGAGACCCGACAUUAAGAAAGAAACGUGGAGUGAAGAAGAAGACCGAGUGCUGAUAGAGUUUCAUAAAGAGAUUGGAAACAAAUGGGCAGAGAUUGCCAAAAGGCUUCCUGGACGAACAGAGAACUCGAUCAAGAACCACUGGAACGCCACAAAACGAAGACAAUUCUCUAAGAGAAAGUGUAGGUCGAAGUAUCCAAGAUCUUCUCUGUUGCAGGAUUACAUAAAGAGUCUAGAUGUGGGAGUUUUGUCGUCUUCCUCUGUUCCAGCAAGAGGUAGACGCAAAGUGAGUAACAAGAAGAAGGAUGUUGUGGCUGUUGAGGAGAAGGAAGAGGAGUUUUACGGACAAGACAGGAUUGUGCCUGAAUGUGUGUUUACUGAUGACUUUGGAUUCAAUGAGAAGCUGCUUGAGGAAGGAUGUAGCAUUGACUCGUUGCUUGAUGACCUUCCUCAGCCUGACAUUGAUGCCUUUGUUCAUGGAAUCUAAUUUGCAUUGGAUUUUUUUUUUCUAUUUCAGUUUUUGUUUCCUAUUGACUGAUUUUUA